AUGAAUCCCCGCGCAGGCCACACGUGCGGCACGUGGGGGGAGGAAUUGGCCCAUGCGCCGGAAGACCCAUCGCAGAACGUGGACCCGCCCCGGCAGCUACUGCACGCCCGUCACUGCCCCUGGCCAAUCCCCGCCUCUCUCCCGCCGAUUCUUCCUUCGUUCUUUGCAUACCGCGAUAGCAGUGGCUCUCAUGAUGUCAUCUGGUAUAUCGCACGACUUCUAUCGAUUCGCACUGCAUCUACAUCUACACAGCGCAUCGGCAUCCACGUCAGCAUCAGCAUCACCGCGUCGGCUGCCAUGGGACGCACCAAAUGGUACAAGACUGAUCGAGCUGGAGACUUCGAACAUGAGCAGGAUCGAGAUGUGAGGGCACGGCAGGUUUACGACACAAUCGACAGGCAGGGGUUCCAGUACCUGAUCGUUUUCGUGGCGGGAGUGGGCUUCUUCCUCGAUGGAUACACGCUAUUCGCAAGCAACAUGGCCCUUCCGAUGAUUUCCUACGUGUACUGGCGAGAGGAUAUGUCCUCAUUAAGGAUCACCCUGUUCAACAUCGCCACCCUCUGCGGCACAUUGCUGGGACAGGUUUUGUUUGGAUACCUGGCGGACCGAAAUGGGCGCAAGAAGAUGUACGGGCUGGAACUGAUUCUCAUGAUCACGUCGACACUGGGGGUUGUCAUGGCGUCCAGGGGCGAGAGCGGGAGUAUGAGCAUCUACGCCUGGUUCAUUUGGUGGCGCAUCGUGGUGGGAAUUGGUGUCGGAGCCGACUACCCCCUGAGUGCCGUUAUCACGUCGGAAUUUGCCCCCACCAAACACCGUGCGCGGAUGAUGGCGUCCGUGUUUUUCAUGCAACCCCUGGGCCAGAUUUGGGCCAAUCUGGUGUCGCUCAUCGUGAUUGCCGCCUGUCGCAGGAGUAGCGGUGACUUGGUUCAGUCGGUGGACAAGAUGUGGCGGUACGUCGUCGGCAUCGGUGUGAUUCCAGCCGCCAUCGCCACCUGCUUUCGGUUCUUUGUCCCUGAGUCUCCUCGCUUCGUUCUGGAGAUUGACGAUGACCCGGUCAAGGCCGAGUUCGACGCCACGGCGCUCUUCGCCGACUUCAAUGCCGCCUCUUCGUCCCCAACGCUCGAUGUGGAGAGCUGGAACAACCUGUCGCAGCCGGCCAUCUCGCUCACCACCCGCUCCGUCAACGGAGAAGACUGUUCCUCCUCGGAGACCGGCAUCCUGCAACCCGUCACCCUCAACUCCCACUGGCACCUCACCCGCUCCGACAUCAUCCAGUUCUUCUGGACCGAGGGCAACUGGCGGACGCUCGCGGCCACCAGCAUCUCCUGGUUCUUCCUCGACUUCGGCUUCUACGGCAUCAGUCUGUCCAGCCCGCAGUUCUUGGCCAAGACCUGGGGGUCGCUGCACCUGUUGAAGCCCGCCCCCUACUGGCAAAUCAACGACACUGCCACCGCGAACGUCUACGACAUGUUCUGGGCGAGCUGCACGCACGCGCUGGUCAUCCUCAACGUGGGCAGUUUCAUCGGCGGCAUCCUCCUCAUCCUCUUCAUCCACAAACUCGACCGAGUCGCUCUCCAGAAAUACUCCUUCCUCGCCCUCGCGGCCCUCUUCGUCGCCCUGGGAAGCAUCCUCAUCAGCAUCCAAAAGGAGGGUCCUGUCGCGGUCGUCCUCUACGUCAUCGGACAGGCCCUCUUCAACUUUGGCCCCAACGCAACGACCUACAUCAUCCCCGCCGAAAUCUUCCCCACACGCUACCGCGCCACGUGCCACGGCCUCAGCGCCGGCGCGGGUAAAAUCGGCUCCGUCGCCGUGCAGCUCUUCUCGGCGUACUACAACUUCGGCGGGGGGUUCGGCAACGAGCCCGUCAAGCGCCACGGGUACAUGAUGAUCGUGUUUGCCGUGUGCAUGCUCCUGGGCGGCGCGGUGUCGCACUGGAUCCCGCCGAUUCAGCGCAAACGGGACGGGACCGGAAGGGGACAGUUCUGGGGCGGGAAGACGGAGACCCUGGAGACGUUGGCGUUGGGGAGACUCGGCGUCGAGAGUCGGUAUGCGGGCGCGGCGAGGAGGAGGAGACGGGAGAUUGUGCCGGUUAUUUCGUUGGAGGGGUGA